AUGAGCAUCUUGGACGACUUCCAGGACUAUGGGAUCCAGGGGAGGCCCGAGAGCGUGUCCCCCGGGCGGGACGAGUACGGCUAUGGCGAUCUGGGCCAAGACGUCCGCAAUCGGGGGACGCCUGGGUUGCCUGGUCGCGCCGAGGGGCGCGGACUGUUUUCGCUGGGAAUGGGAACGCAUGAGAGGAAGGUCACGAGGGGUCGAGGGCAAACAACUGCAGUGGCUGCUGCCAGGGACAUAGUCGUGGUGGCAACUGCUAGGAACUACAUUCUGAGGUACAACUACAGCAUGGAGAACUUGGAUAGUGGGAGCAGCUUCGAGACAGAAGCCGACAUUCUAAAGCCACUGCCUGAAACAACCAUAACGGCCAUUUACCUGGACCCAUCCACCCACCAUCUGCUUGUGAGUCUGCAGCACCAUGCUGGCCAAGACACCCACUAUCUCCAUUCCUCAUGGACGAAAACUCGGCUUCUUACAAAAAUGAAGGGAGCACAGAUUUCCGCUGUUGGAUGGAACAGGGCUGCCCCUCCCAUGCGGGCACCAGGCACUGAAGGAAGGGACUUCAGGCUGGUGGAAGAGACAGGGGCAGAGCUGUCAACGAGGGAGGUGUUAGUCGCGGCCGGUGGGUCUUUGUACUCUCUUGUUGUGGAGCCAAGGGACAAGAGGGAGAAGACCUUCAAGAAAGUGUUCACAUUCAAAGAAUCCACCACCGUGAUCUGUGGUGUUGAGCAGCAAACUCUGAGGGAUGGGCGCAUCCUGGUGCUGAUGAUCACGAAUGAAGCACUUUUUGUGGUCACUGGUGGGCCAUCAUUGGAGGCCAUAUUUGCUGUCUAUAGCACAGGAAAGGUCCUGGAACCAUUUGCCAACCUCCCUGUGCCAUCAGCUGGCUCGCAUCUUCACCUAGGGUAUGGUGCCGAUGGCUGGCCCCACAGAUUUGCAUGGCUUGUUGACGAUGGGGUGUAUCAUGGUGCGCUGAAUGUGGACCAUGCCAAGCCACAAGACAGUGACUCUGCGUAUGUCGAGCAUUGGAACUUUUGGCGGCUGGACAAAGCAAAGGAUAGAACCAGAGGCGCACGGGCAAUUUCCAUGGUUCCCACCGAGUACCACUUUCUGCUGCUCUUCCAGGACUUCCUACUGGUGGUGAACAGGAUUAAUCAGAAAGUCAUUCAAUGCACACAGUUCCAAACCAAGGGCUCCAGGGUUACAGGCCAACCACUGGGACUCGCAUCUGACAGAAUCACCGGCCUUGUGUACUUGUUCACUUCGGAGGCCCUGCUGGAUGUUGGAAGUGAUGGAGAGGAUAAAGACAUUUGGAAAGUGUAUUUGGACAUGCGGGACUAUGCAGAUGCUCUCCGUGUAUGCCGGACUGCAGCCCAGCGGGAUGAGGUCUAUUCAAAGCAAGCUGAAGUUGCAAUGUCCCAAAAUGACAAUGUCUCUGCUGCGCGCACCUUUGCCAAGCUCCAAGGGUCCAGUCCAACGUUUGAGGACAUAGCCUUGAAAUUUAUCGAGCUGGAGGACACUGAGGCACUUCAAGAGUUCUUGAUGGCAAAACUUCAAGCCCUGGGGCAUGAUGACCGUGCGCAAAAAACUAUGGUGGCAUCCUGGUUGACCGAGCUGUACCUGGACAAAAUAAACAAAGCUCUGCUUGAGGAGUCAGGUGAGCAGGGCCCUCAAUAUGACAAGUGUGUUGCUGAUCUUCGCAAUUUCUUGAGCACCCAUGUGGAGGUUUUGGAUGUCAACACCACGGUCACCCUCCUUUCAAGCUAUGGUCGCAUGGACGAUUUGAUGCACUUUGCAGAGUGUCGCCGGGAUCAUGAGACACUUCUUGAGUGCUUGAUGCAACGAGGCGAUGUGCUCCGUGCACUGGGUGUGAUGCGCCUACCAUCAGUACCCCGAGAGCUGGUGUACAAAUUCGCUCCUCACCUUAUGGGCUUGGCCCCAGGUCUGGCUGUGGAACUCUGGAUGCAACAACAACCACCGCUGGAUCCAAAGCGCUUGUUACCUGCCAUGGUUUCACUUGGGGAGUAUGGGUCGUCAGCAGAGGCUCGCAAGCAGGCAAUACGGUACCUUGAAUACAGCAUGAACCGUCUCGGAUCCCAGGACAGCGCCAUCCACAACUUGGCGAUCGCAUUGUACACCUUGGAAGAUGACGAACAGCCGCUGGUCACCUUCCUUGAGAAUUCGGCUCGCAAUGCAAUUGGGAAGCUCUACUUCGAUGCUAAGUAUGCCCUGAGGUUGGUGAGGGAACGGAACUGCGAGCGUGCAUGUGUGGUGAUGCUGUGCGUGCUGGGUCUGUUCGAAGAUGCAGUGGAAACGGCGCUGAGCAUGGAUCUGCAGUUGGCGAAGUCUGUUGCAAGGUACCGAGAGCUGUAUGAUGAGGGGCUGCAGCGAAAGUUGUGGCUGGCAAUUGCAAAACACGUGAUUCAGAGUGAAGACCCUGGCGUCGAUCAGCAAGAGCACAUCAGCCAAGCUGUUGGCCUGCUGGAUGAUGCAGAUGGCCUGCUCAAGAUCGAAGACAUCCUUCCGUUCUUUCCAGACUUUGUGACCAUCGACAAGUUCCAGGGUCCUAUCAGGAAGUCUCUGGAGGACUACAACAAGCAAAUUGACACACUCAAGAAUCAGAUGGACGAGGCAACGGACAUUGCCGACGCCCUGAGGCGUGACCUCAAAGGCUUGGAGUCCAGAACAGCCGUUGUGGACAUGGAGAGGCCAUGUGCUCGUUGUGACGCUGGCCUGGGCGACACCCCAAGAUCUGUAUCCCUCCCUUCAGGCGGCGCCCUUCAGCCCUACUUUGUGUUCCCCACAGGUUUGGCAUUUCACGGAGUGUGCUUGUGUGCGGAAGUAUUGGAGUUGGUGGGACCAAGGAAGCAGGAACGCGUGCAAAAGUUGAUGACUCGACUCUCAAAGGUCGCAGAAGGCGCUGACAAGGCGCCACCAAUGGACGGAGAUCCUGAAGCAUCGGUCCUGUCACUGCAGCGUGAGCUUGAAGAGGAGAUCGCGUCCGAGUGUCCAAGAAAUGGAGAGAUUGUCAUCCGAAUGAUUGGAAAGCCAUUUGUAGACGCCCAGAAAGACAAGGAGGAACUGGAGAGCUGGUCCAUACGUGUCAAUGUGUGA